AUGGAAGAGAGGAAAAAGAAAGGAUCCUGGGAGCCACAGAGCUUACAAACUGCUAUUGGUAAGGUUAUGUCAAAAGAACUGAGUGUAAGAAAAGCUGCAAUGCAAUACAAUAUUCCUAAAAGCACUAUACAUGAUAAAAUAAAGGCCCUAAAUCGAGGAGAAGAAGUAACAAUGAAACUAAAGUUAGGUAGGUUCACUAGCACCUUCUCAGCAGAGUAUGAACAAGUCUUGGUGGACCACAUUAAAGAUUUAUCGAAUAGAUGCAUGCCGCUCAUGAAAAAGGAGUUUCUAAAAUUAGCAUACGACUUAGCUGAAGUCAUGAAGAUUCCUCAUCGAUUUAAUAAAGAAAAAGGCAGUGCUGGUAAACAUUUUUACUACGACUUCAUGAAAAGGCAUUCUGACAUUUCGUUGAGAGCACCGGAAUCGACAAGCAUGAUGCGCGCCGUAGGAUUUAACAAACCACAAGUGGAUCUAUUCUACGACAACCUUGAAAAGCUGAUGAAACAGUACAAAUUCACACCCUCAAGAAUUUAUAACUGUGAUGAAACUGGUGUCAGUUGCGUGCACAAACAUCAAAAAGUUCUCGCUCCGAAAGCCAUCCGUCAAGUAGGUAAGCUCACUUCUGCUGAGAGAGGCAAAAACAUCACAGUUUUGUUCUGUAUGAGUGCUAACGGUCACUACAUACCCCCAUUUUUCGUAUUUCCUAGACAAAGAAUGAAUGAAAGGCUUAUGGUGAAUGCUCCAGCUGAGAGCAUCGGUGUGGCCCAGCCAAAAGGGUGGAUGAAUAGUGACUUUUUUUGCAAUAUCUAA